CUUUACGCUUCUUUUGCGUCGUUUUUUCUCUUUCACCAACUCCUAUCCCGUCGUGAAAGUGAACGAGCAUACGCCAAAGUCACGAACCAAGCAGCAAGCGAGCGACCCUGACCGACUGAACAGUGGUCAGGUACGGUACUGGUCUGGUUCGUCUCACCGUUGACUGGAACCAGCCGGUGGCUCCUCGCACUUCCUAGCCCACUCUCCCCGCGCUACUGUACAAGGUGCCGCAGACCAGACGAUAGGCCCUUUUUUCGCCUUUUGGGGGGUUUUUUUUCUGCUUGCUUUGGUCAAGUGCAGCAUCCAUCACCUAAUUUUCCAUCCCCCUCGUGUCGCCUUCGCGCCUACUUACCGACUUACCGCCUUCUCGCUGAUUGAGCCACGGAGAGGCAAUUGGGCUUGGGGGCGCUAUUUUUUAUUUUCUUAUUACUAUUCUUUUUUUUUUUUUGAAUCUUUACCAACCUUCCUUGGCUGGUUUACUUCCUCGUCUUUACACUGCAACAGUAGCACGCCAUCCGACCAGCGACAACAAUCUCCAACCCUCCCCAGAGCCACCCAAUCAACCAACAAGCUUGGUUCUCCACGACCACAGCAAUCCUUUGAUUCCCUGUCGCGCCCGCUAACCUCAUGAAUUCCUAAGCCGACCUGGAUCAAUCCAACGCCUGCUUCGGUGUUUAGGGCAGCUGCCGACUUUUUUUUUCUUCUACAUAUAUAUUUUCAAAUCGUCCUAUAUUUGACCGUCGGCCGAGUUCCGACACCCGCCACGCGCAUCAUGGCGGACGCGGCGACUCUGGCAGCUGUCGCUGCGAUUGUGGAGAAUAUCGCUACCAACUCGGGGGCCCCUGGAAAAAAUGCUUCAUUUCGCUCCAGUACCUAUGUCCAGCUUCCCGGUCCGGAAUCCGACGAGAAGAAACAGCUCGAGCGCGAGCUUGCCGCCCUGGUGAUAAGGGUACAGCAGCUCGAAACCCGUGCCAACGCGGCUCCUGCUACAAUAUUCCCCGACACACCCAACGAAACUGCAUAUUCACUCUUUGGCGAUGAUAGCUCGUCCCCUACCAGUUCGAGCUCAGGCCGGGAGCCUAAACGACUGAAGUCGGCAUCCAGCACAACGAGGAAUGGUUUCACUACGGACGGUCGUCCAUCAAAGCUCAACGCAAUCACCGAUGAGGAGCUCGAAGGCUUGCGCGAACAUGUUGACGGCCAGUCCCGGCUGCUCGACAGCCAAAGGGCCGAGCUGGACGGCGUCAAUGCCCAACUCUUGGAGCAGAAGCAGCUGCAAGAGCGCGCCCUUGCCAUAAUCGAGCAGGAACGUGUAGCCACUUUGGAGAGAGAGCUAUGGAAACAUCAAAAGGCCAACGAGGCCUUCCAGAAGGCUCUCCGGGAGAUUGGAUCGAUAGUGACCGCUGCAGCCCGGGGUGACCUCUCUAAGAGGGUCAAGAUAAACCCGAUUGAGAUGGACCCUGAAAUCACCACAUUCAAGAGGACCAUGAACGCCAUGAUGGAUCAACUUGGCGUCUUCUCUAGUGAAGUCUCGCGAGUGGCAAGAGAGGUCGGCACCGAGGGCAUAUUAGGUGGACAGGCCCAGAUCGAGGGAGUGGACGGCACGUGGAAAGAACUGACGGACAAUGUCAACGUCAUGGCGCAGAACCUGACCGACCAAGUCCGCGAAAUCGCCUCAGUCACUACAGCUGUGGCCCACGGAGAUUUGACCCAAAAGAUUGAGAGUGCGGCCAAGGGAGAAAUCCUACAGCUUCAACAAACUAUAAAUACCAUGGUGGACCAACUACGCACAUUUGCUUCAGAGGUUACCCGUGUCGCCCGUGACGUCGGAACCGAGGGAAUGCUCGGCGGGCAGGCUGACGUUGAAGGGGUCAAGGGCAUGUGGAAUGAGCUGACGGUCAACGUCAACGCCAUGGCCAACAAUUUAACAACCCAAGUGCGCGACAUCAUCAACGUUACCACAGCCGUCGCAAAGGGAGAUCUUACACAAAAGGUGCAGGCGGAAUGUCGCGGCGAGAUUUUUGAGCUCAAGAACACGAUCAAUUCCAUGGUGGACCAGCUGCAGCAAUUUGCUCGCGAGGUUACCAAGAUCGCCAGAGAGGUUGGUACCGAAGGACGGCUGGGCGGCCAAGCAACUGUUCACGAUGUACAGGGAACUUGGCGAGAUCUCACAGAAAACGUGAACGGAAUGGCUAUGAAUCUCACCACACAAGUACGAGAGAUAGCCAAUGUUACCAGUGCCGUCGCUGCAGGCGACCUAUCCAAGAAGAUCAGGGUAGAGGUCAAGGGCGAGAUUCUGGACCUCAAAAAUACCAUCAACACCAUGGUUGACCGCCUCGGAACUUUCGCCUUCGAAGUCAGCAAAGUAGCCCGAGCCGUCGGCACAGAUGGCACUCUUGGUGGUCAGGCUCAAGUUGAGAAUGUGGAGGGCAAAUGGAAAGACCUCACCGAAAACGUCAACACCAUGGCGUCAAACCUCACUUCUCAGGUCAGGGGAAUAUCAACCGUGACACAAGCCAUCGCGAACGGUGACAUGAGCCGAAAGAUCGACGUGGAAGCCAAGGGCGAGAUACUAAUCCUCAAGGAAACUAUCAACAACAUGGUUGAUCGUCUGUCGAUAUUCUGCAAUGAAGUACAACGAGUCGCAAAAGAUGUAGGCGUUGAUGGCAUUAUGGGGGGACAAGCCGACGUUGCAGGUCUCAAGGGGCGAUGGAAGGAGAUUACCACCGAUGUCAACACCAUGGCCAACAAUCUUACGGCGCAAGUACGCGCUUUCGGAGAUAUAACCAAUGCCGCUACCGACGGAGACUUCACCAAGCUGGUCGAGGUUGAGGCGUCGGGCGAAAUGGACGAACUGAAGCGCAAGAUCAAUCAAAUGGUCUACAAUCUCCGAGACAGUAUCCAAAGAAACACGCAAGCAAGAGAAGCCGCAGAAUUGGCCAACAAGACGAAGUCGGAGUUCCUCGCUAACAUGUCCCACGAAAUCCGCACACCCAUGAACGGUAUCAUCGGCAUGACACAACUUACUCUUGAUACAGAUUUGACGCAAUACCAACGCGAAAUGCUCAACAUUGUCAACAAUCUCGCCAUGAGUCUGCUCACCAUUAUCGACGACAUCCUCGAUCUGUCAAAGAUUGAGGCUAAGCGGAUGGUUAUCGAGGAGAUUCCAUACACGUUACGAGGAACGGUCUUCAACGCACUGAAGACUUUGGCGGUCAAGGCGAACGACAAGUUUUUGGAUCUCACGUACCGUGUGGACAGCUCAGUUCCUGACCACGUCAUCGGUGACUCGUUCCGUCUGCGCCAGAUUAUCCUGAACCUGGUUGGCAAUGCCAUCAAAUUCACCGAGCAUGGAGAGGUCAGCCUUACUAUCCAGAAGGGCAACGACGUGACGUGCCUGCCAAACGAGUACAUGAUCGAAUUUGUCGUGUCGGACACGGGCAUAGGAAUUCCAACGGACAAACUGGGUCUCAUCUUCGACACAUUCCAGCAGGCUGAUGGAUCCAUGACACGCAAGUUUGGCGGAACCGGGCUUGGUCUGUCUAUUUCCAAGAGGCUCGUCAACCUCAUGGGCGGUGACGUGUGGGUCAAGUCACAAUACGGCAAGGGCAGCUCGUUCUACUUCACUUGUCGUGUCCGCCUCGCCGACGUGGAUAUCUCACUCAUCAGGAAGCAGCUGAAGCCUUACAAGGGACACCAGGUCCUGUUCAUCGAUAAGGGCAAGACUGGACACGGGCCCGAGGUGGGGCAGAUGCUCGGCCAGCUGGGUUUGGUGCCCAUCGUGCUGGAAUCCGAGCAAAAUCACACCCUGACGCGGGUGCGCGGCAAGGAAUGUCCCUACGACGUGAUAGUUGUCGACUCAAUCGACACAGCCCGGCGCCUGAGAGGAAUUGACGACUUCAAGUAUCUGCCCAUCGUUCUCCUGGCGCCAACUGUCCACGUCAGCCUGAAAUCCUGCUUGGACUUGGGUAUUACCUCGUAUAUGACGAUGCCCUGCAAGCUCAUCGACCUCGGCAAUGGUAUGGUUCCCGCUCUUGAGAACCGUGCCACACCAUCACUAUCAGACAACACUAAGUCGUUCGAAAUUCUGCUGGCCGAGGACAACACCGUCAACCAGCGCCUGGCCGUUAAGAUUCUUGAAAAGUACAACCACGUUGUGACGGUAGUCAGCAACGGUGCUGAAGCUCUUGAAGCUGUCAAGGAUAACAAAUACGAUGUGAUCCUGAUGGAUGUUCAAAUGCCUGUCAUGGGUGGAUUUGAGGCGACGGCAAAGAUUCGUGAAUACGAGCGCAGCCUGGGCACACAGAGGACACCAAUCAUCGCGCUUACCGCUCACGCAAUGAUGGGCGACCGUGAGAAGUGUAUCGAGGCCCAGAUGGACGAGUACCUGUCGAAGCCUCUGCAGCAGAACCACUUGAUACAAACAAUUCUCAAGUGUGCAACGCUGGGUGGCGCCUUGUUGGAACAAAAUCGUGAGCGCGAGCUUGAACUAGCAAGGCAUGCCGAACACAAAGGAGGACUGUCUACGGACCCGGCGAGGGCAUCGUCGGUAAUGCGUCCGCCACUACACCACCGACCGGUGACUACAGCCGAGUCGCUUUCUGGUGGCGCCGAAAGCCCCUCGUUGAUGGCAAAUGACGGCGAAGAUCCAAUACAAAGGGCACGUAGCAGUCUCUCUGAACCAGGAUGCCUAUAAGGCUGACAGCUCUGGCCUCCUCGCACUUGAGGGCGAGCCUGAACAUUUGUAGCUUCUCUUACGAUCCUUGAGCGCAUAGAUCACUGCUGCCUUUUUGGAACAGCCAGCGCGAUGACGAUGUUUUCAACAGCCUAUACUUUUACCUAUACCACAAACGCAUACGAUUAUCCCGGUGUACUUCUGUCUAUUCCCUAGGAGUCUGGGAGGUUACAUUUUGUUCUAGUCAUUAAUGGGUCGAUGGCCAACUGGUUUUGGCCACAACGCAUCAAAACCAAACCAGUUCUGUCAUCACUGACCUUUUGUUCCAUGUCGGUAAUGUCUUCAUUAAUAUUGUUACUUUUGCGGGUCUGGGUCUGCUUUUACGAUGGAUACAUCGGGGGAACAAUUUCUUUCUUCUUGUUUUGUUGGAUAUUUGUGGUAGUUUCUAGAUAUCUGUCGAACUACGGGAAGGUGUGGAGAGUGCAUUAAGAGGCGGCGCAGUUGUUGUGAUCUUGACACCCCGAGAUGACCACAGUCAACCCAAUGAAUAACACAAAAUAUACAACUCUCUAUGUCAGUAGACCAAAUACGUAUUCGUUGUGUUAGUGUUUAGCGCAAGGGAAACCGCG